AUGAGGCUGGCAUACUUCUUCCUUGGCCCCGCGGCCCUCCUCCUCCUGGCUGGCUGUGGCUGUGUCCUCAGCACCUCCGGCGGGAACCUGCGCACGUUUGUGGGCUGUGCGGUGAGAGAGUUUACUUUCCUGGCCAAGAAGCCAGGCUGCAGGGGACUUCGGAUCACCACGGAUGCCUGCUGGGGCCGCUGUGAAACCUGGGAGAAGCCCAUUCUGGAACCCCCCUACAUUGAAGCCCAUCAUCGAGUCUGUACCUACAAUGAGACCAAACAGGUGACGGUCAAGCUGCCCAACUGUGCCCCGGGAGUCGAUCCCUUCUACACCUACCCCGUGGCUGUCCGCUGUGACUGUGGGGCCUGCUCCACUGCCACCACGGAGUGUGAGACCAUCUGA